AUGUCUGAAUCGCGAGAAAAGGAUAACACGGAGACUGAGUUGAGUGCUUUGGAUGAGAAUGAGAAGAAAAUUGAUGAUGAUGAUGUAAUAUGCCUAAAGCCCAAGAUGACAUUAAUUAAUGGCAUUAAUGUGAUAGUGGGCUGUAUGAUUGGUUCGGGUAUAUUUAUAUCACCAAAGGGUGUCGUUAAAGGCACCGGAAGUGUAGGUCUAUCGGUCAUUGUAUGGAUUCUUAGCGGUGUUUUUUCGCUCAUCGGUUCCCUAUGUUAUGCAGAAUUGGGAACAAGUAUUCCCAAAAGUGGUGCCGAUUAUGCAUACAUUAUGGAGUGUUUCGGACCAUUCGUUGCUUUCCUCCGCCUUUGGAUUGAAUGUAUGAUUGUCCGUCCGUGCAAUACAGCCAUAAUAGCGCUGGCGUUUGCUUUCUAUACAUUGCGUCCCUUUUAUCCGGAUUGCGAUCCUCCGGGAGAUGCGACCCGAAUGCUGGCUGUUGUUUGUAUUUGUCUAUUAACUUUCGUCAACUGUUGGGAUGUGAAGUGGUCGACAAGAGUACAGGAUUUCUUCACAUAUGGAAAACUGUUGGCUUUGGUCACGAUUAUCAUAACCGGAAUCGUUCAGCUCUCCAAA